AUGACAUCAACAUUUAGACAUCGAGGUAGUUUAGGUGAUCGUCAUGGGUUUUUCCACCUAUGUGGCUCUCCUAUUCGCACACAUAAGAAAGAAUUUGAUUACAUUUACGGCAAAACACAAUCUCCUACCCAAGUGCGACCUGUAGAACUAGCAACGGACAUUGAUACACCGCUAAUGCACCGACGUCCAGGCAAGAAAAGCCUGAAACAAAAGCAACGUGAAGCUGAGGCAGAUGCUGCAAUGGCAGCAUUUGCCAAACACUUGGGCCAAGAAGGUGGUGCCUACUACUAUGACAGUAUCUGUCCAAGUCCGUGUAAGCUUGAGAAAAGCAUCACAGCAUCAUUUGAAAGUGAUAUGCCUAUGUCUUGCAUGGAUCAAGAAGGCAACCAUAAUUCUAUGAGACUAGAUGGUGCUCGACAGGCUGGGAUCCCGCUGUAUCUAUCUGACUGGUUUAACCCGAACAAUAACUCGACUCAACGUCAUCGACAGACAAAUGUCAUCAUGACACGAGAGGAACCAGAGCUGGAAUUAGAGGCACGUGAGUCGAUGACUUGCAGUCGCAAGGAGGAAUGUUUUCUCAAAUCACAUCAAAACGUUAACAUGGCUGACGUAACUAUUGGCCGUGUGAUCGGUGAAGGAGCGUUUGGCAAGGUGUUUAAAGCUUCAUGGAAGGGCCAAAAUGUAGCUGUCAAGGUGCUGAUUCGAAAAAACUUGAGUGCUGACGUCGUGCGAGAAUUUGAGACGGAAGUCAAGAUUAUGAGCUUUCUUCACCAUCCAAACAUCUGUAUGCUGCUUGGGGCGUGUCUGGCUCCCGAGAACCGAGCGUUAGUGAUUGAACUCGUGGAUCAAGGCUCACUCUGGGCAGUACUACGCACACAACGACGACAGCUUACAGAUGAGAUGCGUGCUCGAUUUGUAUAUGACACGGCCCGUGGUAUGAGCUACUUGCACCAGUUUGAACUGCCAAUCCUCCAUCGGGACAUGAAAAGCCCCAAUCUACUUGUCGAGCGCGACUACUCGAUCAAGAUCUCAGACUUUGGACUCUCACGUGUCAAGGCGCAGAUCCAAACCAUGACGGGCAACUGCGGUACUGUGCAGUGGAUGGCACCGGAAGUGCUAGGUAACUGCAAGUACACGGAAAAAGCAGACGUGUUUUCGUUUGGCAUUGUAGUGUGGGAGAUCUUUACAGGUCAGUGUCCUUACGAUGGCAUGACGCAAAUCCAGGUGGCACUAGGUGUGCUCAACCAUGACUUGCGUCCACCGAUUCCUCGUUCGUGUCCGCGUUUUUUUGCGCGCCUGAUCCGGUCUUGCUGGAUACGUGAGCCGAGUUUGCGUCCGUCCUUUUCGGAUCUCAUGCGGAUGUUUGAACAGUACGUUGCACGUCAAUAG